CCCUUAUCCCUCAGAAUCAGGAGUCCGGGGCUCCAGUUUGAACUUUUCCCUCCUCUGAAUCCGAUUCCUGCUGCUGCGUCAGGGAAAAAGUAAGCGACAGGUGGCACCUGCCUUGCAGGGCCAGGACGCGACCACCUGCCCCUGCUGCUCACCCGGCGGCCCCCUCCCGGCACCUGCUUCUGUCAGUCCGCCCGCUGCUGCCCCGCCCGACCCCGCAGCCCCAGGACGCGGAGGAGGAGCGAGCCAGGGAACCCCGACGUCCGCCCCGCCCCGGGCCCUCCCAGCCCGCGCGCCCGCCCCUUCGCAGGGUCCCAGGCGGGGCUCCCGGCACGCCCCAGAAAGGGGGGUCCGAGGCGGUCCCAGGCUGGUGGGGCGGAGCCUGUGGCCUCCAGCCUAACCCGCGGGACGCAACCCGCUGCAGAGCACAGCUGCGCCGAGCCCACCUGUCCAGGUCCCCAUCCCAGCCUUGGCAAUGACCCUGGCGGCUUCCUCCCAGCGCUCCCAGAUCAUUCGCUCCAAGUUCCGAUCCGUCCUCCAGCUUCGGAUCCACAGACGGUAUCAGGACCCGAUCUCAGAUCCAGAUCCGUGGAUCUCAGCCUCAGCCCCGGCUCUGGCUCCGGCCCCAGCCUUGCCCUUGGGCCCCGCUCCUCCCCUCUUCAGCCCUGGGGUCCUGCUCCCUGAGCCAGAAUACUGCGCUUGGAGGUCCCUGAAGAAGGAGUCUCCUAAGAUCUCCCAACACUGGAGGGAGCCCAAGCCCAAGGGGAACUUGACAUACCACCAGUACAUGCCCCCAGAGCCGAGACAACGGUCCAGGGCAGACCCCCAGGCUGAAGGGUCAGCCCUGGGUCCUCCAGGGCCACCUCUGUGGGAAGAGAGAAACUCACAGCAGCCACCUCUUAGGAUGAAGCCCACUCCUCUCACUCCCUCCCUCCCAGGAAUCCCCAGCCCCUCGCCCCCUCCACACAAGUUGGAACUUCAGACCCUUAAACUGGAGGAGCUGACGGUCUCGGAGCUCCGACAGCAGCUGCGCCUGCGGGGCCUCCCGGUGUCAGGGACCAAGUCGAUGCUCCUGGAGCGCAUGCGCGGCGACGCCACGCCCCGCGAGAGGCCGAAGCCGCGGCGCGAGGACAGUCCCGCGGGUGCUGCCUGGCCGCGCCUCAGGCCCAAGGCUCUGGGAGCCGCCCGGCGGCAGGUCUCCGUAAAGCCAAGCCCAACAUCUCACCUGCCGGCUCUUCCACGUGUCGCGGAAACCCUUGUGACAACUCCAGCUCCGGCUCCGGCUCCGGCUCCGGCUCCGGCUCCGGCUCCGGCGCUGACCCCUUCCUCAGCACCAGCCUCGGCGACUCUGACUCUGGAGGAGGAGCUGCAGGAAGCGAUCCGCAGGGCUCAGUUGCUUCCGGACCGGGGCAUCGAUGACAUCCUGGAGGAUCAAGUGGAGCCUGAUGUCCCGCUGCCCCCCAUCCCCCUGGACUUCCCCGGCUCCUUCGACGUGCUUUCCCCCUCCCCGGACUCUGAAGGCCUCUCGUCUGUCUUCUCUUCCUCGCUCCCGUCUCCCACGAACUCCCCAUCCCCCUCUCCCAGGGGGCCCACGGACUCCUUGGACUGGCUGGAGGCUCUGAGUGGGGGUCCCCCGCUGGGAUGUGGCCCCCCAGCCCCCAGCAUCUUCUCUGCUGACUUAUGUGACUCCAGUGGCACCCGGCUGUGGGAUCUGCUGGAGGAUCCAUGGUGAUGGAUUCUGGGGUUUCCAGGGACUGAGAACUGGUGGGGAUGGGGAGGUUGCAGAGACAGACUCCCUGAGGGAGGGGUUGGAACAAACUGCAGAGCCCCUCCCACAACAGACACAAAAUCAGAGAUAUCCCCACCUGGCCCCAGAUCUGCUGCUGAUAUGCCAACCACCUGAUUUUGCCUGCCUAACCUCCGUAUGAUCCCCUCCAUGGUUGUGUGAUGGGGGACAGGGAGGUUUCAUCUGCUGCUGGCCAGGGCAAACAAGUUGCUUGCUGCUUC